GCUGCUCUGAUGGAAGCUGGCGUCACAACAGAAAUGGUCGCUUUUUCUUCUGGCGCCAAUUUGCUAGAAGAACGCACUUCGUCGGCUGAGAAUGCUCGUAGUGGCGAUCCAUCUAUGCUCAAUGUCCGACGCAGCGUUUCUGGUGUUGCCAAUCCUGACCCUGAAGUUGCAAAGAUGGUUGACGGUAUCUUUGAAAAGCUACAAAACGUUCGUAGAGAAUCCCAACGAGCAUCGCAAGGGCAUCAACCUAAAACUGCUCCUGUCGGAAAGAAGCCAGAGGGUGAAGCAGCGGCCUCAUCUGCAGCAGUUGUGCAGGAUCCUUCGUCAUCUUCUAGCAGUGGGCCUCACACAGAAGAUGGAGCUUUGGCUAUUGAGAGCGGUGAACCGAAUUUCGUUUUGUCUUCAGUCAGUGCGUCUAAGAUGGAAGAGGAGCUCACAGCUGCCCUUCUGCAGGUCCGCAAAACUCGUCACAACGCCUCAUCCGCCACAGCUUCUGCUGCAGCAUCCGCUGUGGAAGAUGAACUUGUCACAGCUCUUGGCAAGAUUCGGUCUGCGGACAAGCUUCAGAAACGCAGUGGUAGAAAUAGGGGUGAAAAGCUCUCUACUGGAGAACAAGACUUCAAGGAGCAGAACAGCGCAGUUGGGGACCUCGUUCAGGGGCUGCAACGGAUUCGUGCUUCUGCUGUAGUUCCUGGACAGAAUCUGUCGGGUAGUCAUCUGGGCUCCUCCCACCAGUCCACGUUGCUUGGCAGUACUACCGGUGACGCCCCUGCACACCAAAUUGAGCUUGAAUUAGAGGCGGCUUUGGUCAAGGUGCGCGACUCGCGGCGUCGCAGCAGCCAAGACGCAGCUAAUCGGGCGGGACAUCAUACUGGCUCUGCUGCGACUGGUAACGAUCCAAAGGAAAAUGUGACUUCUGACGUAGUUGACGGUCUGAUUGCUACUUUGUUGAGGUUACGGUCACAGCAGGAGAUGAAUGCUCCUUGGAACUCUCCCUCUGAGCUGCUCGGGUCGGAAAAGAGUGAGAUGGGAGACACUCUCAGGAAGAUUCGCGGCUCUCACUCGUACAAUAUGGACGGCGGAGCACCGGGACGAGUUCUUCCUCGCGGCAUGUCUACAGAGCUUGGCGUUCCGAGUCGUGGCAGUUUGCUUGGACCCGCGAGGAUGUCGUCUUCAUCGGAGGAUACGUUGAUGUCCUCGUCGGCGGGAGAAGGCUCUGCGCGCGUGUCGCGUCGGCGCUCCUCCACAGGUGCUGUUGUGCCGUCAGCAUACUUGGGAGGAGCGUCCGUUGACGCAGAGGAAGCAGACCCACUUGUGGAAGCCAAGGAGCUCGCAGCCGCGCUCCUUGCCCGCAAAAACAAGCCAGUGGUCGAUGGUCAAAAAGGGAGUGCAAAAGCGUCGUUGCAGGACGUCUCCGCAAGAUUGACAGCGAAGCCCAAAGCCAGUGGGAUUGGGACUGGUUCUCCGGGAAGUAGUGGUGCACCUCCGAAUCCAGAGGACGUUGACGCUUUGGCUUCUGCUCUACUCAAGAUUCGCACUGCACGACGGCGCGCGAGCGGUCGUGGUCCGUUGAUUGGGAAUCCUCUAUCCAUGGAGGAUGAAGCCAUCUUUGGCAGGAGUGACGACGCUGAACUGGAGUUGACGCAAGCACUGAGAACUGUCAAGGCCUUGGUAAGCAUGAGCAAUGAGAAAGACCUCUUUUCGCAAGAUCAAGGUGGCAAUCCAACCGGUGACCAGCUAGUUGAUAGCACAGAAGAUACUAACUCAGCUCGUGCACGGGGUCGAGACACGUCCAACAGAAUGGAACAGAUGCUCGACGCUGCGAAAGAAGCCACGAAGGGACGACCUCCGGAAAAAUUACAAGACGAACCUGGACAGAAGAAAGAAAACGAUGCUGGCGGUGAAAAGCAGGACGAAUGGAAUCGUCGUGGGUCGACAACUGAAGCUGAGGCCUUUCUGCUAGCGAAUGCUACCGCAGAUUUGGACUACUUCAGGGCUGCGAAUCGCUACCAGAGAAAGCUGAUGUCUGAGAUGAUGGGCAAGGUGCCUACAUCGGAACUUACAUCAGACAUGAUUCAGCUCAGACACGAUGUGCAGGGGUUCUUGCUUUUGGGUGACCCGCGUGCGGAAGAGCCACUGCAUGAUAUUACUGCUGCUCACAGAAGGUCAGAGACGAAUCUAGUCGAUGGAAGCAAACCGCCACAAAGGAAUAGCAUUGGUGGAGCACCGAUUCAAAGUUCGCAACACGCUGUGCUAGGAGCUUCGUUUUCCGGCUCGUCGGACACGCAUAGCGAUGAGGUGAUCGCACGAACGGUGGACAGAAUGCUUGCUGCUGCACAUCCGAGUGCACGAAGUGCACGAGCGUCUUCUCGUGGGUCGUCUGCGCGUACGCCGCCAGCUUCGGCGAAAAAACAUCCCGGAAUCUCUGGGGAAGGAGAAACCGCAUUUGCACCCUCCAGCAGAGAGCAAAGCGGUAUUGAGGGAGGAGCAGAUAUGCCGCCUAUGCGUCCGAGUCCGGCAAGAGUCGUAGCCGGGAUGAUAUCGACCGUUGCUACAUUGCCACCUCCGUCAAAGCCGAUGAAUUUCCGCAAGCACAAGUACAACUUUGCGCGUCCGAGUGUGCUUGCAGACCUCACUUCCGAGGAUAAAACCAGAAUCAUCCAGGAAGUUUUGCUUGAUCACACAAAAACAAAGGAACAAGUGUACGAGGCUCUAGUUGCUGCACAGAAUUUCCAUCAACAGACAACUUCUGGCGCUCUUCCUGCUAGUGGUCGUUUAAUGUUGACUGGCCUUUCUCUUCCCGCCCAACGUUCAAUCGACGAUGAACUUUUGUCGGUCUCGGGUCGUGGCGAAGCUGCUGCCGUUGGUGGACACUUGCUGCACCACGAAAGCGGGGCUGCUCCGCCGACUGCUCCUAUGAGCAGAUCGCCGAGUAGACAAAUAACUCCCGCUGCAGUAGGACCUUCUCCUGAGAUGAACAUGAGAUAUCCUCAGGAUGGCACGACCCACCGCAUCGCAGAAAUGCUUGCCUGCGAUAUGCAUGGUGGCGACGUGCGCAUCCUUAAGGAGCAUGUCGAAGGUCUGUUUGCCGACGUUGUCCGUCUGACAGAGCACUUGGACCGCACACGCUUAGAUGUGGUGUUGCGAGAGGGCGAGCUGACGCAGAUGCGCACGCGGUAUGAGACCGGUUUGAAGCAGUUGAGGACUCAGUUCGAAGAGGAACUAGAGGAGAUGCAUAGGGAGCGUGAGCUCGCCGUUGGAAAAACCAAGGAAGAAGCUGGCACCGUGAUCGCCUUCGAGAAGGACCAGGCCCAUCGCGAGGUCCUCCUAGCGAAGGAUCAAGAAAAGGCUGAUCUGAUGACGCAGCAUGAGCGGCGAAAGACGCAGUUGGAGUUGGAAAUGAACGAAUUGCGCGGCACGCUUGACAAAGAGAAGGAGACGCUGUUGGCUCAGAAGGAGGAGGAAAGGCAAAAGCUUUUAGAAGAGUUAGAACAGCGCGUCGCGGAGAAAGAAGAGGAGCGUCGCAAAUCUUUGACGGAGGCUGAACAGAAGAUUGCGGAGAAAGAGGAAGAGAAGAAAAAGCUCUUGUCAGAGUAUGAACAGACCGUCGCUGAGAAAGAGGCAGAGCGCCUAAGGCUGCUGGAGGAAAAGGAGAAGGAAAAGAACGACCUCCUUGCUGAGGAGGAGGCACGUAAGGCGCAGCUUCAGAAGGAGAUCGAGGAACUACGUGGUCAGCAUGGACAAGAGAAAGAGACACUGCUCGCGCAGAAAGAGGAAGAACGGCAACAGCUUAUCUCCGAAGCCGAACAACGCGUCGCCGCAAAGGAGCAAGAACUGCUCGACUUGGUUUCGCUGCGAGAGCGUGAGAAGAGCGAACUUCUUGCCGCAAAGGAGAAGGAGCAGAGCGACCUGUUGUCGCAAAAAGACAAGGAAAGAGACGAAUUGCUUGCGCAGAAAGAUCGCGAGAACAGAGAUCUACUCCGUGAAGUCGGAGAGCUAGCCUUGCAAAAGGGCAACGUGCAAGAGCGCCUAGCCGAACUCGCCACACAGAAGGAGCAAGAACUGUCAGCAAUCAAAGAGAAAGUGGCCCGUCUCUCGGCUCAAAAGUUGAUCGAGAUGGCUCAAGUGAGGGAGAAGGCAAGGCAGUCGGCGAACAAGAAGGACGUCGAGAUUGCGCAGGUGAAGCAGCAGCUCGAAGACUUGGAGACGCAAAAACAGGAAUUGCUUGCAGAAAAACACCAACAGUUUACGGAGUUGGAGGCGCAAAAAGAAAAGGUGAUUUCCGAGAAAGAAAAAGAGCUUGCAGCAAUGGGAGUUCAACAACAGAAGGAGCUGGCAGAGCUCAGUGCACGCAAGGAACAGCGGAUCAAGGCGCUGUUGCUCCAGAAAGAACAAGAACUUGCGGAUUUAACUGCCCAGAAGGUUCGCGAAACCGAUACUCUCUUGAAGGAGAAGGCGCAAAACCUGUCUGCUGCUGGUCGCGAGAAGCGUUUGAGAGCUGUGGAAGCGGCUGCGCGCGUCGCGCUACUCACGAAGCGCGAAACGCAGAUCGCGGCGAUCCGACGCGAAAACGAAGAUGCAGAGGCCCUAUCGGAGUUGCGAGAAGCGCUCCGUCUCGAAGAAGCCGAACGGUUCGAUAAGCUACUCGCUGAACAAGAAGCGAGCACGGAGGAAGAGCUGAAGGCAUUCCGAGAGCGCAUCGAGGCUCGGGAAAAACUCUAUGAUGAGCAAACAAAAGCUUUGGAGACGGCAUUGGUAGAUAUGCGGGAAGCGAUGGACGCUCAAGAGGCCCGCCACUUGCGAGAACUGCUAGCCGCUAACGAGGCAGAAGAAGCCCAGGAUGACUCUCAACCUCAGUCAGCAAGAAUCCUUGACGGGGAUGAAAAGGAAGGUGCUGAAAAAGACGGAGAGAAGCCAGAAGGCUCUAGUGGCAGUCCGACAUCACCUUCGUCAAAGCUGGAGACGGCGGAUGCUUCUAAGGUACUACCUAGUACUAGGCUGUGUGUGUGAUACUUUUACCUCUCUUGAUAUCUUUUAUUGUUUCUUUCACCAAUCGAUUUGAUUCUGAAGAAACAUUAUUUUCGAUAUCCCAAAUUUGUAGUUAUUUUUUACCUCGUAACAACUACUUGUUGUAGUUGUUCGAUGCGGUACAACAUACACUCGUCGUCGCAGGUCUCUCGCGCCAUGCAGAUGUCUCUUGCGAAGCGCAUGGCUGAUGCUAUGGCAGGCAUGGAGCGUCGUAUCAAAGCGCUGCAAGCCAAGCACGCUACUCAAGUCGAAGGACUGCAAGCUGCAGUUGAGGAGGCUAAUCAAGAGCGAGUGCACGAUCGCCUCUACCUUGAACAUGAGUUGCAAGAGACGCGCGAAAACCGCGAGAAGCUUGCUAGCAUAGCAUUGUUCCCGGACGAGCAGCAGGAAGUGGCUGAUCCUAUGGGUGGCAGCGUGAAAAUUGAGGUUGUAGAGAGACCGUUUGGAAGGCGCAUUUCUCAGGCGCGUGCGGAAGGCGAGAGAGCUAAGAGCCGCGUUGUCGAGAUGGAAGAUGGAGAUGAUGAUGCUGCUCGUGAAGAUGACGGACAUGAUAAGAAGCCAUGGAGUGACAUUCCACCGCGAUAUUCGAAACACUUGCCUGGUACUGGUAGUCCUGGUCGAGGAAAUAACAAGAAGUCGUAUGGAUCAAAGUCCUCGUUGUCAGAGGAUCCCGACAAGCCAACAAGUGGCUAUGUGUCGCACGACCUAGCAGGUAGCAGUUCCUCCAAUGUCGCGACCAUGCUCGGAAGCGGAAAUGCCGUUGCCGAUGCAUCCGGAGGUAGCCUUAUGCAGACCAAGAUCGAUACCGCGUUUCCAGGCGAUAGCCAAGAAGAACUAACGGAAGAUCUUGCUGAUCAUGCCAGCAAUGUUCCAUCUUCAUCCAUUUCGCGUCCCUCGAACUGGAAAAAGGCACGCCAAUCGAUGCGCAUGCAGAGGGAGGCUGCAUUGUGUCUUCAGAAACAGAAGGAAGAGGAGGUCCGACUGUCAUUGGAGGAGAAGAAGAGGGCCAUGGAGAUGGCAAGAGACAGGUUGGAAAUGAUGGACGGGAGUCACGCCCAGAAGACAAAGGAGCGUGAAGAGGCUCUUCAGGCCGAAAUGGAGAAGAUCAAAGAACAACAACUUACUGCCGAGAAGCGCUUGGAGGAGGAAGCAGCCGCGAUGCGAGCACAGAUGGAGGCUCAAUUAGCUGAAAAAGACGAUGAAAAAACCAGGGAGCUUGAGCAAGUCUUAACAGCAGAGCUCGAGAAGCAACGGGAACUCCUUCAUGCGGAGCAAGCUGCGCAGCGCAAUGCUCUGCAACAAGACUUCAUAGCCGAACAAGAACAACAGGCUGCUGAACUCGCAAAAGCGAAAGCUGCAAUGCUGGAGGAGAGAGAAAGCGCAAAAGCCGAAAGCGCGAAGCUCUCGGCUCAGCUAGCACAGGUGGAAGAGGAAAGUCGAAAACAAGCAGAGGAAGUGCGCAAACAAUUAGAACUCGAAAAACAAAUGGAAAAAGAGGCUUACGAAGCUGAAAUGAAGAGGGAGAGAGAGGUACUACUUACAAUCGACCUCUUGAAGUUUGAAGAUUUCUAUGCUGGUUUUGUUAAUUCCGAUUUCUUGUGGUUGAUAGUGACGACAACGACUGUACAUUGAUUCUUCUCGAUUUAUUGUCUUGUCGUUCCUCGUCUUCAUGAUCUCUUCGUCAUCAACAUCUCUUAGUUCUUGUACUCUUUCUUCACUGAUAGAUUGCCAUCGAUCUUUAUAUGCACGAUCGACCACAUACACACUCAUGUCUUCGCACUCACUGACCACAUCAAACAGAACAAUCGCAACUCUAUGCUGGCCAACGAGCAAAAUCGUGCCAGUCUUGCGGGUCAGAUCGAGAGUAUCCAGGAUGAGAAGCGGAAGCUUCAAGAGCAAAUGGCCAAGUAUGCUCAGGAGCUUGCUAGGGAGAUGGAAGUCGCCACUAAAUCCUCAAUGCGCGCUGGCGACGAGAGGACUGCGAAGCGUCUCAAACGCUUAGCUCGUAAGUUUGCUGCCGACCGUGUCCAAUACUUCCCAGCACUGGCUGGUGGUCUCAGUACUUUUACUCCGACAUUCGACUCCUCCGAAGGCGAGCAAGUCGCAAAAGGCUUGGACAGCGCGUUCAAGAAGAUGAGUGGCUUUGGCGCUAUUCGUGAGGACGAGGAGGACGAUUUGGACGUAGUCGACGACAAAGAGCUAGCCGAGGAAGAGGAGAUGGCUCCUCCUCCGCCUGCAGAGACACUGCCUGAAGCUUUGGAGCAGCUGACGAACGAGCGCAUAAAGCGCGAAGAGGAUCGCAUGGUCGCGGAUGCUGAGAAAGUGAAGAUGCAGAAGAUCUCGAAGGAACAGCAGAUCUUGAUGGAGGUGAUGGCCAUCCAGGCUGGUGAAGUCCAAAAAGCGCGUGCCGCUGAUCAUCAGCAGCUACGUCGCGUGCACGAGUUACAUGGCAAGGUCAGACAGCAGGAAGAAAAGCGCUACCGCAAGGUCGUUGCUGAGAAAGAGAAAUUGGAGCGUGAGAACAAGAAGUUGACUUCGGAGAACCAGACGUUGCGCCGAGCGAUGCGAGACAUGCUCGCUGAGCGGGAGAAAGCCAUUGCGGAUGAGCGCGCUCGCAUGGGCAGGAUGGCCUUAGUUGAAGGCGCAAAGGCGCUCAAUUGGUCUCCAGGAACCAUAGCUAGACAUGCUGGAGUCGAGAAAAAGAAACACCUUGAAGAUUACGAUGAAGAGGAAGACGAGGAAGAAGAGGAGGGCGACUAUUCUGAAGAGCAAGAAUACACUUCCUCGGAACAAGCCUCCUCUGGUGCGGAAGAGACCAGUGUGGUGUCGUCUUCUGUGCAAAGUUCCGGAAAAGGUGAUGGCAGAGGUAGAGGCGGAAAAGGUGCCAGUAGUGGAGGUAGAACUAAGACGAAUUACGGCAGCAGGAGUCCACCUGGCAGAGCUGGUUCACCACAAGAGCCACGUGUGUUCAGGACCACAGUAGGAUCAGGCGCUAUCACAGCACCGCAGCUUCUGCCACUUGGGUCUCUCUUCAAGCCUAUGCAGAGGACCCCAGAGCAGGAUGCUGGUGCUGCAAAUGCAGAUGCCAAAUCUGCUGCUGCACGUAAACUAGAAGCGCAGAAGGAGAAAGAGAAGGCGAAAGCCCAGAAACAAAAGGAGCGUCAAAAAAAGUCAGCUGAAGUUUCCGCCAAAUUGGCUGAGAAACUCGCCUCUCCUCCAGCCGCAUACCGCGAUUUAGGAUUCGCUGAUUCCGGUGGUGCCACAGCCACUUCUUCGGGAAAUAGAAAUACAACUGCUGUCACGACAACUUCUGACGAGCAGCAGCCUCCACUAGCAGCUGUGCUCGAGCACACCAGAGCAGUGAAGCAAAAAGCAUUAGAACGUCUUCGCGUCUAUUCGGAGAAAGUACGCGAAUUCAAGGCGGUGGAGAAGUCUUUAACGGCUGAGGAUCGACGCGCUAGGAAAGCACAGCUAGAAGAGCUUGCCCGUAUCGAUGAGAAAAUCGCACAGGAGGAGCUGGAAGAGCUAAUGCGCGUGCGGGACCUGGCGGAAAGCAAGUAAAAAAGUUCUUGAGAAUGUUGAAAUAGAAUUAGAAGUCGGAGGAGGAGGAGAUGAAGCAGUAGAGGUAGUACUUACUUCAUCUGCUGCUUCUCCUUCUUGGUACUCGUACAAAUGUUGAGAAGGCAGUACUCGUACUAGGACAAGAAUAAAUGGUGCUAGAGCAGGUGGAGCAUCAUCAUGUGAAGUCGACAAGGGGUGGUGUCGAUAAAGCAAUGCUGGAAGGUGAUUCUGGUAGUGUUUUCGUAGGCGUUGAGGAGGGCGGACGAGGAGUAGGGCGGAGUGCUUGAGGUUAGAAAUUUAGCAUAUUCCUAGAAUAUGCCGUAGUACGUACUGUUGUAGCUGUACACCAAGUCUGGGUUGCCAUAUUGUUGUCGAAAAAUUUGUAGUUGGUAGUUGUCUCUGUCGUCUAGUAGAAGUUGUCAAAAGUUGUCGUUGUUGUCUGGUAUUUAGUUGUCGUUGUCGAAUUAUUAGAAAUACUGAUUUGUCGUAGUCGUUCAAAAAUAACGUAAAGUAAGAGUGAAUAGCAAAUAAGCAUACUACUACAAAAUUUUGAAGAUCUCUGAAAAAAUUACGCAUUCGUAAUCUGUUAGAGUUAGUGUUAGUGUAACUAGAGAAAAAUAUGUCAUCAUAUGCUGCAUUACCAUCGCCAUAUUUGUAGUACCAGAAUUUUUGCAAAAAAAUAAAGAACGCAUAGAGUUAAAAGAGAACUUACAUACUUAUUUUAAAAUUACACACUUACAACUUCGACAAAAAAAACAAGUCGUUGUUGUAUGCAGCACAAGAAACAUGUGUUAAUUUUUCAUUCCACAAAACAAAAAACAACAAACGCUGCUUAACUGUCACAUUGUAAAGAAAAUCUCUGGAAAAUUUAGAGUCAAUCGUAAAGAAGUAAAGACAUGCAGUUCUUGUACAGUACGCCGUAAAACGUCUGAAACCUGAACCCAAGAAUGUUGAAGCAUCAUAAGUUAAAAAUAGGCGGGUCUCUGUUACUUUUGAUACGAAUACAGUGCACAAUCAUUCAUAUAAUGCAUGCAUCUCAAACGACAAAAUGUAAGUAAGCAUAAGCUAUGAGAGUAGAAGGUAUUUCAAAAACAUAUGAGAGGUAAAAUUAGGAAACACAGACAGCAAACGGUUGCAAUAUCAAUAAAAGUAAAAAAUACACUCAAAGAACAAUCAGAAUAACGAAAGCAAAGACAAGCUGAAUAUACGUUGAUAUCUCUCUUAACACUGUUCCAUGAAAUGAUAUGCAACAUCGCGAAGCGCCUAGCAGUUUUCCUCUUUCUUCACAGAAAAUAGACAAGAUCGUUGUCUUCAGAAUGUUUGCAAACUUUGCUCGUUGAAAGCAAGCGAAUUCAAAUAUUAAUUUGUGCCCUAGAAUCAAGAACUACAACUACUUCCGAAAAUCGUAAUGCUGUACAUCUUCAUAUUUGGUCGACGCGAAUUAUAAUAUCAGGA